GACAGCCUUUGUUGCUAAACAUCCCUUAACCCCCUCAUUCAAUCAAUCAAUCAAACUGUGGCAUUAGUGGAAAGUAUAUAAUGCUGAUAGAUUGCAAAUAUUUUUAAUAUACUAUUCAGCAUUUUAUAAGUGGAUUAAUGUCUAUAAACAGUAAAGACUGAGAAACAUGCUAAACCGUAGUGCCGCAAUGAAUGUACACUUUUUUUGAAACAAUAUGAAAGUAUCAUAAUUGAAGGAGGAUUAAUUAGAUUUAUAAACAAUAUUUUAAGCAGCUAAACAUGCAUCUUGAAAACAAAUUGAUUUCAUUUGUGAUUAAAAGAAAAUAAAUUCAAGCUUAAUGAAUGUGAAAAUUAAAUAUAAUUACAGUGGAAAAGGUUUUAUGGAACCAAACAGGGUUACUCUUAGUGGAAAUGGUUGCAUGAAAAAUUGAAAAUUCAUUUUGAGAUAAUAAUAAUAAUAUAAAAAAACAGCAAUAGGAAAUUCAGUCAUUAAUUGGUUCACAAUGUAUUAAAGAAUCUUAACCAGGAUUCUAUUAUCAAAAAAAAAAAUAAUUAAAGAACAUAAUCAGAAUUUUAAGUACAAAAAAAUUGUUGUAAUUCAGCCAAGGAUAAUUAUCAAAAUUCAACUAAUGAUACUAAGCUCAGUUCUACUUUAAUGAAAAUUCUGUCAUGGCACUAGAGCAAAGUUCAUCUAUCAGCAAUAGUCAAACCGUUCCCAAAAGUAUUUGCCUUUCAUCUAAUUCAAAAGAAGUACUUGGUAUUGAUUCAAAGUAUCUGCAAGAAAAAUUGCUUAAAACUCAUUAUGAAGUGAACCACCAAAUAAAAGAAAAUCAAGCAAAUGCAUCUUUAGUGAAUGAAAGUGAAGAUCCUCCUGUGCCACAGCUUGACAAAGAAUGUGAAGAUUCUCCUGUGCCACAGCCUGACAAAGGCAGGAUGAGAUGCAUUGAUUGCUCCUUUAAAUUUACAUCCCUAAAGAGUCUUCGUAGACACUUAAGGAAGGAACAUCAACUGAAUGUGACUGAGAAGAAAAUAAGUUUUCCUAAUUUUAAUGCAUUUAGGAAAUGGAAACUGGACAUUGAAUGCAGAGAAUCAACAUAUUUUUACAACUAUCAUGCCCCUUUCAAAGGAUCAAACUACCUCCAAAAAAUUUAUAUUUGCCAUCGUUCUGGACCACAAGUUGUCAAUGUUCGUGAAGGAAGACACAGAAUGAACAAUCUUUUAAGAACUUGCAAAACGGGAAUUAGUUGCACAGCAGCCAUGAAAGUGAACAUCUAUCAAAAUGAAGUCCAAGUUGAAUAUUGUUUACAACAUUAUGGGCAUGGAAGUGAAAUAACCUUAAGUGAGUUAACUGCUGAGGAACAAGCUGCAGUCCUAGGGUCGACAGUUUUGAUCUGUGCCUUCCAAAAUUUCCAGUUUAAAGAAAAUGCUUCCAACGGGAUUCCAGUUCAAGAACAACUCGCCGAUAUAAAGCAUGCUAAAUCCUUAGCUGAUCAUUUUAAAGCAUGGAUUAUAAAGAAAAGAGAUAAUCGUUUCUUUAAUUUUGCGUAUGCUUCAGAAAUUUACAGUGCGGGAAUGAGUGCUUUUGAAUAUGUGGAACAUUGGGUUCGUUUGUGUUCCGAAAUGGAAGAAUGCCCAGUUUUGUUAUACAAACAAGAAGCGUUAGGAACCAAAUCAGAGGAUUUUACGUUGAUCAUAAUGUCAGAAUUUCAAAAAAAUUUACUUAUGGUAUCCGCUAAACAAGUUGUCUGCCUUGAUACUUUUUCACAAUAUCAUAAAGAACGCUGUUUUUUUACUGUGCUUCUUAUCAUGGAUGAACAAGAUAUAGCCUUUCCUGUGGCCUUUUGCCUGAGUAAAAAAAUGGACAAAUCUAUAAUUUUGCAAUUUUUUUCAUCUAUCAAAUCAUAUACUGGACCAUUGUCUUGCUCUUACUUUAUGUCAAACGAUGAUAAAAUUUAUUACGAAACGUGGCAAGAAGUAAUGCAAGAUAAACCAACAUGGGUAUGGAGUAUCUGGUCUUUUGAAGAUGAUGUUAGGAAAUGCAUGAAAAGCUUGCUCAAGGAUAUUCCAACAAGAGAAGCAACUUAUCGCCUCCUUCGGACUAUUAUGGAAUGCACCAGCCAACCUGUUUUUACCACAAUGCUCGAGAAUUUUAAAAAGUCUGUUUUGGACAAUGAAUUAUCUAAGCAUUUUGGAAAAUCUUUUGAAUCAUACUUUGGUUCUAACGCAGAAAUGUGGGCAUACUGUUACCGAAAGGAUCUUAAACUCAGCACCAACAUUUACUUGGAAUUCCUGCACAAAACACUGAAAUAUUGCUUUAAAAUGUGUAGCAAACAACGAUUAGACAAAUUCGUAAUCUCUCUUAUGAAGUGGCUGAGAUUUAAAAUGCUGGAUUGCCUCUUUAAUAUCUUGGAUGAAGAAAAGAUCGAAUUGGCCAAAGCAACUAUCUCUACCUAUCAUAAUAUGAGUUUAGACAUAGAUCGUGAAAGCAUAGUUUCUGUAGCAGAUCAAACCUGGCUGGUUCAGUCUGAAAAUGAAACUGAUGCCUAUGUGACACGAGAAUUUGAUUCUUGUCCAGAAUUAUGUGAUUUGAGGUGCAUCGACUGUGAUGUUUGUGUUCAUAUGUACGCGUGUACUUGUGUACAAAGUUUGAUCCAGGCCAAUAUGUGCAAACACAUUCAUGCUGUUAUAUGUAAAUUUGUAACGCCCCAGUUCUCAAUGCCAAUCUUACCUGUUCAAGGCACCUUCAAUGAUACCUGUGAUACUCCUGCUGCUGCUGAAUUCAUUCAGGAUGAAAUGCCAAUCUUACCUGUUCAAGGCACCUUCAAUGAUACACGUGAUAUUUCUGCUGCUGCUGAAUUCAUUCAGGAUGAAAGUACAGAUUUUCGAGAAAAGGUUUUGAAAAGAAUGGAGGAUAUGUAUAAACAAUUUCUAAUAAACAAAUGCAAAUUGAACAACAAUUCACUUUCGGAAGUCAUGGGAAUGUUGAACAAAUGUUAUCAAAUAUGUGCUAAUAAUGAAAGUCCUUCCAACCUUUCUUCAAAAUCAACACAAACAGAAACUAUUCCUUUGCUGUCAUCAAGUCUAGAAUUUAGUGAUUUGUACAACAAUUUGUCAAAUUCUGUUUCCGAAAAUAAUGAAAAUUUUACCUUCAUACCUCUGAUACCUGACAACUUUAAUACUGGCAAUAGUUCUUCUUCCACAAAUCAUGAAAAUUGUAACUCCACACCUGUUUCAUCUUCUAUAUUGAAUACGGUUAGUAAUUCUGCUUCUGAAAAGAAUGAAAAUAUCACAUCCAUGUCUGUGAGAUCAAAUGAUGUUUCUGAAAGUGAUGGAAAAAUUAGCUUACCAUCUAUCCUGCCUUCAGAUUCUUCUACAGCUGAACAUGCAAGUAAAAGACUUUGUGUUGAGAAAACUAAUGUUCCAAGUUUUUCAUUUUCAACGAAUUCCUCGAGUAUUCAUUCUAUUACGAAUUCAUCGACAGUUACUAAAACCACUAUUUCUUUGGCCAACCAUUUGUCUCAUGGUUCUGCUGAUACACAGUUGAUUCUUGCUUCUGAAACAUCUUCUGUUGCAGAAUCUAGUUUAGUAUUAUUGCAUACGGAAUCUAGUCAUUCAUGUAGUGAUGCUGAUGCAGCAAGAAAUUCAUCAUCAAAUCUUGUCAUCUUGGAUCCGUUAUUGUCGGAAAGACCUUAUCUGAUAAAAUGUAAAGCACCAAUAAUCAGAAUUGACAAACCUCGUGUAAAAACUUCAUCGCUUACUGAAAAUUACAGCAUAAAACAAAGUCCUUUAUCAUCAACUUUGAUAACAAAUAAUCCACCUGAAGUUCAUAAAUUUUUUUGGGAUUCUGUUUCAAAACGGUAUUUUUCGAUGAAAGACGAUACAUCAUUAACUUGUGAAUUAAAUAACUCCUCUGACAUUAUACUGAACUCAACUUCAGAAUCGGCAACUGUUUCAUCAUCAAAUGAGCAUUCUGAACUAGAUUCCACAAUUGUAAAAAGUUCUGUCCCUCACGAUUCUUCAGCGGUUGACGCUUCCAUGGCAUCUGCGUUAAUACCAAAUCAGCCUCACAGUCCUGUUUCUCACAAUCCUAUUAUAGUUGAAGCAUAUUCUGCAGCAUCUCCAUCACCACCAGUCUCUCCCUAGUAAUUCGCCAAAUCAGCCAUAGUAUGAUCGAUGUGGCAGCUUCUAAUAAAAUUGGCGGUAUUUUUUAUAGAACAAUUUCGAAAUUACCUUAGCAUUAAUAAAAUAAAUUUCCUAUUUUUAAGAAUUAUUAAAUAUAUUGAGGAAAAUAUUCUGAGCUGUUAAAAUAAAUGAAAAUUUUAAAUUAGUAAAAACGUAAAUUAUACAAAAUAAGAUUAAUCUCACAAAACUGGAAAAAUCAUGUUCGAAAGUAUGAUGUAAUGAUACGGCUAUUCACGGAUUAUCACCAUGGGAAGUGCUGUAAUCAGUCUUUCAGUUUGGAGUAAUGAUUUUUGUAUGAAUCAUCUAAACCACACUUAUUUGUAAUUACUUUUCAAUAGUUUACAGUAUUUUUAAUUAGUGAAAAAUUAUUAUUAUAUUUUGGAA